GCUCUCCUCACAUGCCUGCAUGUGUAAUCCACAUGCAUCGGUGCACAAGGAAGUAAAACUCCUUCCGCCUUUCACAAGAUGAAAAGUAUUUAAUGAACUUUGGCAAUUAGAGCGCUUCAGUCCUAGCAGACAGACACACCAGUCACACAAAGGCAUGGAUUGUUUUCCACUAUAUUUUGUGCCCCUCGUGGCUCUGCUAUCUCUCUGUUGUGCACAGAACAACACAACUCCAGGUCCCACAGCCUCUGCUCCUGCAACGGACAACACAACGAGCGACAACACAACAUCUGCACCCCUGAAUACGAGCGUCACUGAGGUGACCUCACCCUCUCCAGCUACACCGCUCAACAUUACAACGGACAGCACCACACCGACAGCAGUUAACGAAAACACAACUUCAGCAUCAACAGUCAACGCCACUUCACUCCCCGACACAGCAAACAGCACCUCUACAGAUGCCAGUCCAGGAAACAGUACUACAUCCAACACAACUACAACAACAACGACGACAGACUCUACUAUUAUAGCACAGAACAACACAACUCCAGGUCCCACAGCCUCUGCUACUACAACGGCCAACACAACAAGCAACACAACAACAUCUGCACCACUGAAUACAAGCGUCACUGAGGUGACCUCACCCUCUCCAGCUACACCGCUCAACAUUACAACGGACAGCACUACACCGACAGCAGUUAACGAAAACACAACUUCAGCAUCAACAGUCAAUGCCACUGCAGCCCCCGACACAGCAAACAGCACUACAGAAGCCACUCCAGGAAACAGUACUACAUCCAACACAACUACAACAACGACGACGACAGCCCCUACUAUUAUAGGUUGUGCAGGUCCGCCAGCACUGUGUUGUCCUGGACAGGACAACAGCUGCCGCAGGUCGUCAUGUUACUGUGACCAGAUAUGCGUGUCUCUUGGAGAUUGCUGUUCAGACUUUAAUUCAACCUGCGGAUCCAAUUUCACAGCAGCUCCCAACACAACAAUGAAUGCCACAACCACACCACCCACCAUGUCUCCUUCUACAGCACCAGGUCAAACAACCCAAACGAUCAAAGUGUUCCUGAAGGUUUCAGUUUUAGCCACUCAAGAUGAAAACAGAGGAGCGAUCUCAGAGUUUUUAUCUAAUUUUCUCCAGGAUAGCUGCGAUGGCUGCACCGUCGCAGUCAAAAGCAUAAACCCCACAUGACGAAACACCUCUGAAUACAGUGACCACAGACAAAUUCACGCACUAAAGGAAUCAUUUUUGGAUCUCAAUAAUCUCACGAGUGAUCCGUUUAUACAACUAUAUGUCUGGUUGUGUUUAUAUCUUCUUGUUUAUUUGCUUGUUGAUGUUGACUUGUUCCUGUCACUAUUUCAUGCUCUAUGAUGAAACUGUAUCAUGCCAAAUAAUUCCUAUUUUUCCCUAAAAAUAUUCUUAUAAAACAGAAGAUCCAAUAUGAAAGGUGUGCCUUAUUUGUCCAGUGUAGUGAUACAGUAUAUGUUGGAAUCAGUGGGGCACGUGACAUGGAAGCUGCUGAGAACGCUACUGAGUUUUCCGUAAUAACAAUUUUUCCAAAAUAUUAAUAUGAAAUAGAAGAAGAAUUUGAAUCAAGUAGAACAAUAUGGAUACAUUUUUAGAGAGUAGAUCUCGUGCCAUGGAAGCUAAGCCAUAUAAAUGCAUUUAUCUUGUAUCUGUUUGUAUUUCAACUUUUAUUUUCAAAGCUGAAAUAGAUAAAAUGCUCAUUUAUGUAUCAUGUACCUGUUUUAUAUCGCUUUUAACUUUGUAUGGAUGCUACCUACCUAUUUCUAAUCUCAAUGGGACUUCCUGGUUAAAUAAAGGUUAAAUACAAAAAAUAAACAAAUACACACUACACAUCAAAUUGUUUGCAACAUAAGGAUUUUUUUUUAAAUUAUGAUUCGCACUAACAUGUCUGUGUAGACAUUAAGAUAUUGAAUAUAAUAUGAUUCAGUUCAUUCUGCAACUUGCUGAUGGUCCCCAAGUGACAAAUCAGUGGAUGGGGCGUCAGUGUCUGUUGAAUCAUAUUCUAACUUAAACUAACUUCACCCAGGUACAUUAAAAAGUAUAAAAGGAUAAAACGAGUAGACCGCAUUUUGUGGGCACACAACAAAAACCUUGAACGCAACCUUCACAGACACACAACAUUCACAGAUAAGCAAAAUAAAUAAAUAAAUGAACAAAAAAAUAAAAA